AUGGCAUCAAUCCACUGUGUCUCCUCAGGAGUUAUUUCCCUUUUGGUUCUACCCUACUUGUUGUUCACUAAAUACUGGCUCCUGCCUGUGCUGACCUAUGCCUGGCUCUUCUAUGAUUGGAACACUCACAAUCAAGGUGGUAGGCAUUCAGCUUGGGCACGAAACUGGGCCGUUUGGAAAUAUUUCCAGAAUUACUUCCCAAUAAAGCUGGUGAAGACCCAUGACCUUUCUCCCAAACACAACUACAUCAUUGGCAACCACCCCCAUGGCAUUUUCUCUCAUGGUGUUUUCAUCAACUUUGCCACUGAGGCCACUGGUUUCUCCCAGAUUUUCCCAUCCAUCACUCCCUUUUUAUCAACCUUGAAGUGGAUCUUAUGGAUCCCCCUAGUGCGAGACUAUGUGAUAUCAUUGGGUUUGUCUCCAGUAACUAAGUCAUCUGUGACAUACAAGCUGACCCACAAUGGCUUAGGCAAUGCUGUGGUCAUUGUGGUAGGUGGAGCUGCGGAAGCCCUCUUGUGCUAUCCAGGAAAUACUACUCUCAUUCUCAAAAAUCGUAAAGGUUUUGUAAAGUUGGCACUGCAGACAGGGGCGUUCCUUGUCCCUUCCUAUUCCUUUGGGGAGAAUGAGAUUUACAAACAAGAGACCUUCCCUGAAGGCACUUGGUUACGGCUGUUUCAAACGAGCUACCAGAGAAUAAGCAAGAUUAUAUUAGGUUUAAACCUAUGUACCUUCCAUGGCCGAGGACUCACUCGUGGAUCCUGGGGUUUACUGCCUUUCAAUGGACCAAUUACCACUGUUGUUGGGGAGCCCCUGCCAGUCCCCAAGAUUGACAAUCCCAGCAAGGACACCGUGGACAAGUACCAUUCACUAUACAUCAGUGCUCUGCGCAAAUUGUUUGACCAAUAUAAAGUUGAAUAUGGCCUCUCUGAAACCCAAGAGCUGAAUGUCAUAUAACAAGAACCACUUACUCUAUUACUAAACCCACAAAUCCAUGAGGGAACUGA